GCUAUGGGUACGAUCCGUCUGCGCUGCUCUCCCGCCGUCGCCUCCUACAUAAAGGAUAAGAAAUCGGCCAAGGAAACUUGGGACCAAUUGUCUUCCCUCUAUUCGUCUAUGUCCCUCGGCGCCAUUUACAAUGAGCUGCGGGGGGCCUUAUCGACGAAGAUUCCGGCGGAUCAGCACCCUGCUCCAGCCUUCGCGAAGAUAUCCAAACAUUUCGACACUUUGGAAGCGGCCAAGGUCAAGAUUCCCACGCUUAUUGAAGGUCUAAUCUGCCUUUAUGCACUCCCCAGCCGCUAUGAGAACGUUGCGCAGAUGCUGGUCCAAGCUACCUCUGCUGACAACAUGGGCAUAGGUGCGGUACGGGAAGCAGUUACCACUGCUUGGGACCAGUCUCAAGGCAAGAAGCCUGAGAAACUCGGUGCGCACAAGAUCUCAGCGGUGAAGCGUAAGCCGGGCGAUCCCUCCUUUUCUUCGCAGCAGCAGCAGCGCCCUCAGGGCAGCAGCAGCAAUGCGCGGGAUGGGAAGAGGCGCCCUUAUCGCGGCAAGCGUGCAGGCAAGAAGCGUCAAGGGCAAAACCACGAUCACCACCAUGCCCAC